AGGUGCGAUUCCUUCUCUAGCCCUCAAUGGUCAAUGCUACCAGUGAAAAUGGUUGCUGUAAUGCGACAGCAGAACUAUCGACACUGACUCCUGAAGAUGGAGCUAAAAACUCUUCUGAUAAGCCGGGUAGAUGUGGCCUUGAUAUUCCACAUGAUUCUGAUACGAACGGGGUCGAACUGCCUUCUCCCGUCGGCUCUGAGUGUUGGCGUAAUCCGAAUGCUUGCGAUGCCUUCUUGAAAGUCGAGUCAAUGUUGAGCGAAGGAGCAAGCCUCAUAGAUGUUCUCAAAACGCUGUACCCUGGCAUUGAAGAGCCACCCGAAGGAUGGUCGGAUCACUUGAUUAUGUCCAUUCUUACUGAAAUUAUUGACCGUCCGCCUAGAAGAGAGAAACUUACAGCUUAUAAUACUUUUGAUGACGCUGUAGAGCUGUUCAGAACACGGAAGCGCAUUUUGAUGUUGACCGGUGCAGGUGUAUCUGUGUCUUGUGGUAUACCGGAUUUUCGCAGCAAAGAUGGUAUAUAUGCACGUCUACAUGUUGACUUUCCCGAUUUGCCAGAUCCAACAUCUAUGUUUGAUAUUCGCUAUUUUAUCCAUGAUCCAGCUCCAUUUUAUGACUUUGCUAUGGAAAUAUUCCCAGGACAAUUUGAACCCUCAAUAUCACAUAAGUUCAUUCGGCAGCUUGAAGUGAACAACCAGUUGCUGAGGAACUACACGCAAAAUAUCGAUACUCUUGAAAAGCAAGCUCAUAUAGAGCGAGUAGUAGAAUGUCAUGGCUCCUUCGCGAAGGCUACUUGCCUCAAUUGUUCAGCGAAGUUCGAUGGUGAUGUGAUAAGAGAAGAUGUUAUGGCUAAGCGUGUAGCACACUGUCCGCUGUGUACCGUUGGAGUAAUCAAGCCAGAUAUCGUUUUCUUCGGUGAAGACCUUGGAAAAGAUUUUCAUACUCAAAUGGCUAUCGAUAAAGACGAAGUGGAUUUGUUAGUAGUUAUCGGUUCUUCACUGAAAGUUCGGCCAGUUUCUUUGAUUCCAUUCAGCGUCAAUCCUAAUGUGCCUCAGAUUUUGAUCAACAGGGAACCCCUCUCAGGAUACAGAGCAGACAUUGAGUUACUUGGAAACUGUGAUGAUAUUAUUGAGGAUAUUUGCUUAGCUCUCGGCGGCUCGUUCGUCGAAAUGUUGGAGACACAUCAAAGUAAGCUGAAGGAGAGAUCAAGCGCAGCUGCCGCAAAUGUCACGUUCAAUAACCAACAAAGUGGUACAUCGACCGAGACAGCUAGGAGAAGGAAAUGCAUUACAGAAGAGGAAUUCAUCCAGAUCAUGAAGCGGCUACAAAUCUCAGAUAAAAGUGAUGGAAACGGUGAACCUGAAGAGGUUGCAGUGAAACGACCGCGACUGGAAGACAUGUAUGACAGGCGGUAUAUACCCGUGGCGAAGCAUCUUCCAGAGCAUACAUAUUUCCAGGUUUCUACAAAUAGAGCUGUAUUUCCUGGAGCUGAACUCUAUUAUGAUGUUGAAACCGGUGCCAUUUGUCAGCCGACUUGUUAUCGUCCGGACGGCGGCGCACACUUUGGAGUGGACAGUGAUGAUGAAGACGACGAUGAUGAACUUGAAGAUGAUGAUGAUGACCAAAGUUGUGCGGGUAUGGGCAGCCGUGCAUGUAGCAUGCCUGACACGUCUGGGGGAGUAAACUCCGACACGGAUGUGCGCGCAGCAUCUUGUGAACCAUCAGUUGAUGUGGAAGCGAAAAUAUCAACCAGAGAGUUCCAUCAACAACUUAAUGAAUCGACAUUGACAGAAGAAGGUGAAGAAGACGGUGAAGAUCCAUGAAGAGAGGAUUAAAGCCGCAUUGAUGACUCAUUUUGUAAGGAUUUCUUAACAAAGAGAUUUAUACAGUAUUAAUUGAUGGUUUAAACUCCAGUUUAACAAUUAUCACCACAUUCAGUUUUACGUUACGAAUUUUUAUGAGAAUCUUCAUGAAGAUACGCAGUUUAAGUGAUCGUCGCAUUUCUUGAAAUGACGAGUUAAAUAAUGAUCCUUCUCCAGGAAGUUGCCUUAGUCAUAGUUUUAUUCUCUUCUGUGCAUUCUUCCUACUCUAGAAGCUGGCUUCAGCCCCUUAUUUUCCCUUUUACUUUUCCCUUUCUUUUUCUUCUGUUUCAGUUUUCAAACCUACGGCCAACUGCCAAAUUUCAUCGACCAAUUUUUGUAUUGAGAGUCUACCAUAUCACCCUCCACAAUACCGAUAUAUAUCGGAACCAAUCAAUUUCCAUUCAAACAUACCUGAAGCUUAUUACGUAUUAGAUAAUCUCAGGGUUUACGGCAUAAACGGAUGCGUGAUCCCUGACAUCUUGAUUGGCCUCGUACCAUGUAUUGAUCCUCCUUUUUUGUAUGUUUGUUUCAAAGUGAAAUUAUUAUGAGAUGCAAUAUCUAUCGAUUCUUAUCGGUUGUUGGUGGCUAUUGCCACUUAUAUUUGCAGUCUAAAAUUUCUGAAGUAAGUGAAACACGAUUCUCGUCUUAUCAAAUGAAGUUACAAAUAAAGAUAAUGAAUUCUUGCAUG